AUGACAUCAAAACGCAAAGCCACCGACUCGCAGAAUGACGGUCUUGCCUCGACACCAAAGCGUCCGAGAGUGGCAGCGACGAAGGAGCCGCGAAGACAACCUCCCAACGUCGCCAGUAAUAGGGAUGCUAAAACCACGAGUGCUCCUUCUCUCCUACAAACACGGCCCUGGCUCACGCGUGCUCAACCGAUAUCCGAACAAGAUCUCUUCAUCCUGCACUGUCGCGACAAUCUGGUUCCCGGCGCGACUGGGCCAAAAGACUGGCAUGUCCUGGCCGAAGAGUUUAACGCACGAUUCGACCACGAGUUGAAGAAGCCACUGGCCUAUAACACGUUGAGUAAGCGAUGUGGAGCCGCGAGGAAGUUGUUUUUGAAAAACAACCCGGAAUAUGUCGGGGUCUGCGUUUACCCAGUUCCACAAGUAGAAACUGGGGCAGAGGAAAAAUCUCAAGGCUCAGACACGGUCAACUCUGAAGGAGAUGACGAUGAAAGCGAUACAGAGGAGGAGAAUGCGCAUGCCAUGCCAAGCGGCAAGACCGCGGAACCGCAAGGAAGAUCUGCCACUCAACAUCUGGAAACCGAAGUCGCGACACUGCCAGCCCACAAACUCCCGACGCCUAUAUCAUCGAGCCCGCCGGCCCUUAGGAAACAUUCAUCAACUUCCAAAAUUACCACUCUCCCUCCAGGUUUCUUCAACCCCUCUACCGUGGAAGAAAGUUACGUCCUGCCUAAUACCCGCGCGAAAUUCCACCUCCAGCAGCGCACAGACGAAAGAGUCACGUUUCGCUUCUCCGGCCCACACGAACAAAGCAUAGCCAACGAAGAUGCACAAUACGUCGACACAAACACGCUGCUUUCCAUUUCACCAUUUUACGCACGAACAGCAGCAGAAGAUCCCAGGAAUACCAUCAUCACCGUCCCAGAUUAUAUCACUACACGAACAGUGAACAUCUUCAUCCAGCUCAUCUCGCCGGAGCGCGCGAAUGAGCUGCCCACACACCAACUCUGGUCAGUGAAGAAACCUGUUUCAGGCGUGUACGAUCGCUAUGGGGCGAUACGUGUGGAGAAGAUCAUCUGGAGUAUAGACGCCCUUCUUGAUCUUCUGCUCUUCGCGCAGUGGAUGGAAGUGUACUGGGUUGUCGAUAUGUUGGUUGAUCGACUGCACUUCCUAUUUGCUGAAGAAGCUAGAUAUGAAGACAUCUUUGCAGACAUGGGUAAGCCUGUCGAUGGUUACGUCAAUAUUGGUGGUCGGCAGGUGUUCGUUGGAAGUAAACUGCCACCCGUGGACAACACGCUGGCUCGCGUGACAGCCAAAGACUUCGAGAGGGACUUCAUGGUACUGUUAGCCGAGAUGUCAGCAACAGGCUCGGAAACUUGCUACACCGCCCACCGCGUCCAUUCGGCUACCCAUAACAUCGAUGCCCUAUACGCUUCGUCAUCUCCCAAAGCACUGAUCCGUCUCUCCGAAGGACUUGACUCAACAAGCAGUCUGACUAGCAUCAUGUACUCCAGCACCAGCAAUGCCAGUAAGCUGAAGCAUGACAACUCGACACAAUCGAUGCUAGAUACAGAGAAGAUGGUGUUGGACAUGGAAAGUCGUCUGUACGAGGCGAAGAUGGCGCUGCAGAGGGCGCGAGAAGCUGGUGAAGACGAGAAGAAGGCUGCCAUGAAUGAAGCGAAUAGGAUCGCGCGGUCGAUGUGCAGUCACGAGCCGUCCGCGAAGGGGCAGUGA